CUCCUCAUGAGCUGCAUCGCCGCCGGAUCAGUCUACACGGGCUGCUGCGUGGCGAUUAAAAUCAAAGAGAGAAGACUCGGAACGGCUCCUCUCCUCAGUCUCCGCCAGAUUGAAUUCGUUUAGCUUCCGGCGACUUCGGCGGCAGCGAAUGGCGGAGCCACGGCGGUCGGCCUCCGGUGGCGUCGCCAACGACGAAGGCACCGAGCUCCUGUUGGUGGAGUCCGGCGACAGGGAGCGCUCCUGGAGGCUUAACUUCGACGGAUUCCGGCCUUCCGAACCCCGCGAGAAGCCGCCUCCUCGCGGCCUCCACGAUUGCCUCGGCGUCCUAGGGAAUGGAGAUGAGGUUGCAGAAUACUAUCAACAACAAGAAGAAAUGCUUGAGGGCUUUAGUGAAAUGGAUACACUAGCUGAGCGUGGAUUUCUACCUGGAAUGUCAAAGGAAGAGCUUGAAAAGUUAGCUAAAGCUGAAACACUAGCCAUCCGGUUGUCAAAUAUUGCCAACAUGGUUCUCUUUGCUGCAAAAGUUUAUGCUUCAAUUCGAAGUGGCUCAUUGGCAAUAAUUGCAUCGACAUUGGAUUCUCUCCUUGAUCUGUUAUCGGGGUUUAUUUUAUGGUUUACUGCAUUCCAAAUGAAAUCAAGAAACCCCUACAAAUAUCCUAUUGGGAAAAGGCGCAUGCAACCAUUGGGCAUUCUUGUUUUUGCAUCAGUAAUGGCAACACUUGGACUACAGAUAAUCUUAGAGUCAGUGCGCUCACUUAUGUCGGAUGAGAAUGAAUUCAGCUUGACCUGGAAACAAGAAACUUGGUUGGUCGACAUCAUGAUUUCAGUGACACUGGUGAAGCUUGCACUAGUUAUUUACUGUCGUUCAUUUACUAAUGAAAUAGUCAAAGCUUAUGCUCAGGAUCACUUUUUUGAUGUCAUUACAAAUAUGAUCGGCCUUGUGGCUGCUCUACUUGCAAACUAUGUGGAGGGCUGGAUAGAUCCUGUUGGAGCUGUAAUUUUGGCAUUGUAUACCAUCCGUACUUGGUCGAUGACGGUGCUUGAAAAUGUCAACUCCCUGGUAGGCCGCACUGCAGCACCAGAAUAUCUGCAGAAGCUAACAUACCUGUGUUGGAAUCACCACAAAGCCAUAAGGCAGAUCGAUACGGUGCGGGCUUACACAUUUGGCUCCCACUACUUUGUCGAAGUAGAUAUUGUCUUGCCAUCAGAGAUGCCGCUAAGAGAAGCACACGACAUCGGUGAAGCCCUGCAAGAGAAGCUCGAGCAGUUGCCUGAGAUAGAGCGAGCUUUUGUUCACUUGGACUACGAAUACACCCACAAGCCUGAGCAUGCGCAAGCUCAGGAUAUUUAGCCAGACAGAAUGACAAAGGCAAGAAGCACAUUCUUUGUUUGAGAUUAUGCACUUGUUCGUCUAGUCAAUCAGCUUCUUUCUAGUUGGAGCUGGUCUGUUAUGUCAUUUGGCUGGAGAAAAAAAUACAGUUCACACGAUGAAAAGUAUUGUAAUACCGUCAUAUAUAGCAGCUACAAUGGAAAAUUUCAUUUAGCAGCUGUAAUUUCAAAAUUGCUUAAAGAGCUACCACUGAUA